AUGGCUGACCUCCAACGAAAAUCCAUCAUAGUCACUGGCGGGGCCUCUGGAAUCGGUCUGGCCACGGUCACUCAACUUCUGGAGCUGGGGGCCCGAGUCGCAGUUGGUGACUUGGCUCUAGAAACUCCGAGCACAUUGACGAACCUCAAUCCUGCGUCCGACAACUUCUUCUACCAGCAGUUGGACGUUACCAGUCGCCAGAGUGUCCAGGGGUUCAUCGCCAAAGUGCUCGAGAAGUUUGGCCAGGUGGAUGGACUCGUGAACAACGCCGGAAUUUGUCCCAACGAAGGAGAAAUCGCAUCCGAUGAUACUUUCGACCGCAUUAUGGCGGUGAAUCUGAAAGGGGUGUGGAACGUGGGCACGGAAGUCAUCCGUCGUAUGAUGGAACAAGAGUCGCGUGGUGUCAUCGUCAACACAGCGAGCGACGCGGCUCUGAAAGGCAUCAAAGGUCUUGCGGCGUAUACAGCCUCAAAACAUGCCGUCCUAGGCCUGACCAGAGUUUGGUGCAAGGAAUGGACGCCGAAAGGCAUCAGAGUCAAUGCGGUCGCCCCGGGAGUCACUGAUACGCCGAUGGUUGCUAAAAUUGCGGCGGAUCACGAGUCUGGCCAAGAAGCCACAGCCUCGUGGCUUAAAAACAUCCCCAUGGGAAGGUUUGGACAGCCCGGUGAGAUUGCCAGUGUCAUAUGUUUCCUGCUUAGCAAAGACUCGAGCUUCAUGAGCGGACAGGUGCUGAGGAUUGGGGGCGGGGAAGGCGAGUAG